AUGUACUGGUUGCUAACGUUAGGAGUACUGUCGGCCGCAACAGCACCUACAAAUGCGGCGAGCUACAACCCUUGGUCCGACUUCACCAACAAAAUCAGCUCAUCUCUGGAACGAGUCCUCGACGUCGAUGCACUCGGUCCCCAUUCGAAUGUCUCCCACAUCUGCGUAAACGCAACAAGGCAGUACCUCAUCAACCUCGAUCUUGAAGAGCUUUGGGCAAUGAAAAUGUUCGAUGCGACAGGACGACCGGACAGCGGGGUGCUCCGGGGCGGAUUCUCAUUUUUGGGCUACUACUCGGAAUGUAUCCAAGCGGUUCCCGAACCCCUCGAAUCGCACUAUCAACCGCCGUUCGUCAGCAGCUACUGCCUGGCUACGAUCAAUACCGCUGGAGCGGAGUUGAAACCAUCUGUGCAUCUACCGAAAGACAUCAUGCGGAUGGCGGUUGCUUCACAAUUUGCGCGCGUGGGUCUGUGUGUGCCUUCGCUCUGCUCUCCCGAAGACGUCAAGGAAAUCAUGACCAUGACUCUGACGAGCUUGGUAUCCGGAUCAUCGGUCGUCAGCACCUCGUGCUCUGAAACCGGCAAACGACUCAGUUCCGACUCGAAGGCUGUCGUGAUGUCCGGCGCCCUCCUGUUCUUCGUUGCCCUGGCCCUAUGCGGAAGUUUCUAUCACUUCAGCCGAGAUACCUGUGGCGCGAGCUCCAUGGAAUCUCGAUCCGAACACACCCAGUCCGCUUCGACGGAUCCCCUAGUGGUACCGAAAAAACCCUCGGAGUCAACGAUCGCCCGUGUCCUCAUGUCUUUCUCUCUGCUGGCGAACGGGAAGAAAAUUCUUCACGUGGGAAAGGCCAGCGAAGGCAUUUCGUCCAUCCACGGUCUCCGAAUGUGGAGCAUGUUAUGGAUCAUCUUCGGCCACUCGUAUUCGUUCGCUCAGCAGUGGGUGACCUACAGAAACACCGAGGACAUGAAAGCCAUCCCUGCCGACAUCAUCAGCCAAGGAAUCGCCAACGGCACAUUGUCCGUGGACACGUUCUUCUUCAUUUCGGGUCUCUUGAUCGUGUACGUGGCGUUCACGAAGAUGGACCAAUGCGCGGGAAAGUUGAACCUUCUCUCUUUCUACCUCCACCGGUACUGGCGCAUGACUCCCCUCAUGAUGGUCGCGAUCGGCAUCUGCGCCAACGUGCUUCCGUAUCUAGCCGGGGGACCUCGUUGGACCGAAGCUAUCUCGAUGUACGACUCGACCUGCCGGAGCAACUGGUGGUUGAACGCCCUGUACCUCCACAAUUUCGUGAACACACCUCAAAUGUGUCUCAAUCACACCUGGUUCUCGGCCGUCGACAUGCAGUUCUACAUCAUCUCGCCGGUGAUCCUGCUCGUCCUGUACAAGAACCGUCUCUUCGGGCUCAUCCUUAUCGCCCUGCUCGGGCUCACGUCCAUGGCAGCCACCGCUAUCAUCACUGCCGUGAACAACUAUCCGGCCAUGCCAUACAUCUCGAACCUCGUGCCCAUCGAUAUCAUGAACGGCUACAUGGCAAACGUCUACAUCAAGCCGUAUUGCCGUAUUGGACCCUAUCUUGUCGGAAUGCUGACAGGUUACGUCAUCCACCAGAGCAACGGACGCCUGUACUUCAGUCGUCGUUCGGUCGUCCUCGGAUGGAUCGCAGCUACUCUCGGAAUGCUCAUUGUCCUGUAUGCGAUGUGGAACCCUAACACCGGCCGAUCGCUGCCGUCGAUCGCCGUUGCCGCGCUGUACGGCGCUUGCUCGAGAACGUUGUGGGCUAUCGGUCUCAGCUGGAUCGUGCUCGCUUGCCUAAGCGGCAACGGGGGCUUCGUGAACUCCGUGCUCUCGUUCAGAGGCUUGAUCCCGUUCAGCAGACUGACCUACAGCGCCUACAUCAUUCAUCCAAUCAUCAUGGCUGUCUUCUAUGGAUCUCGGGAAACGGUGUACGACUACUCGCCUUCACUUCUCACCUACUUCGCUCUAGGCAACAUCGUUAUCACGUACGGUCUCUCAUUCGUCAUGUCGCUGCUAUUCGAGGCGCCGCUGAUCGGACUCGAGCGGGUCCUCUUCCACCGGAAGUGAUCGCGCUGCCGCCGGUGGCACAAUCUGAAUCCUAGCUAGCGAAGAGGAUGAUGAUGUUAAACGAUCUCGCCGUUCUCCGGCCCAGAGUUGGGUUCCACCGCUGUCUGCGUACACGAAACAAGACGAUGUCUGACUGAGAUUCCGGAACGUCGAGGCAGACCGCCUAUCUGUGAUAGCCGAGUA